UAAUAUAGGAGCUAGAUAAUAAAAUAUUAGAAUUAAAAAAACAAGCCUUUUUAAAAUGUCUGUUGCAUUUGCUUCAGCUCGGCCGAGGAGCAAAGGGGAGGUGACCCAGCAGACGAUACAAAAGAUGCUGGAUGAAAACCACCAUCUGAUACAGUGCAUUAUGGAUUACCAGAGCAAGGGAAAAACAGCGGAAUGCACUCAAUAUCAGCAAAUACUGCACAGAAACCUGGUUUACCUUGCUACAAUAGCAGACUCCAAUCAGAACAUGCAGUCUCUGUUACCUGCACCUCCCACCCAGAAUAUGAACAUGGGUCCUGGAGGCAUCAGUCAGAGUGCAUCAAACCAGUCUCUCCAUUCCCAGAACAAUCUGAAUGACAGCAUGGCGACUGGCCUCCCUCCCACCUCUCUCAUGCAAAACCAGAUGAGCAAUGGACCAAACCAUGUGUCCAUGCAGCAGUCUGGACAGACGUCCCUCCCCACCACUUCCAUGAGCAUGCCAGUCAGCAGCCAUGGCUCGGCCACGGGCUACAGCCACUCAGUGUCCUCGUCACAGAGCAUGCAGAUGCAGAGCCAGGGCCAGUCCAUGGGAAACUAUGGUUCUCGGACAAACCUCAACAUGCAGUCCAAUCAAGUCACAAUGAUGCACCAACAAGCCGCAACAUCCCAUUACACUUCAGCACAAGCCGGAAGCCAACACUACCAGGGGCAGCAGCCCAUCGGAAUACUGGGACAGGGUAACCAAGGCAACAGCAUGAUGGCCCAGAGGCCCAUGGGAACCUACCGACCCUCACAGCAAGGAUCUGCUGCGCAGUACUUAGGGCAGGAGGAGUUCUACGGAGAGCAGUAUGGACACAGUCAGAGCUCCAGCGAGCCCAUUAACCAGCAAUAUUACCCCGAUGGCCAUGGAGAAUAUGCCUAUCAGCAGUCUUCAUACCCUGAGCAGAGCUAUGAGCGGACCUUCGAGGAGUCGUCCCAACACUAUUACGAAGGAGGAAACUCUCAGUACAGCCAACAGCAGGCGUCUUACCAGCAGGGCUCCACCCAGCAGCAGGCAUUCACACAGCAGCAGUACCCCAGCCAGCAGAGCUACGCUGGACAGCAGCAGGGUUACGGCCCAGCUCAAGGAGCGUCUUCACAGUACUCGGGCUACCAGCAGGGACAGGGACAGCAGUACAGCUCCUACCGGGCUUCCCAAACUGCAUCCUCCGCACAGCAACAGAGACCUUACGCAUACGAGCAGGGCCAGUAUGGGAACUAUCAGCAGUAGAAAGUAAAGCACUCCCCACUCCCCCGCUCAGCCUCUGAUGGAUGAACAGACCAACAGUUUUCUUUUUACUCCUUUCUUUGCUUUUUCUUUGAGUGUUCUGUGUUGAUCUGUCACUUUGUAUAGCAGAUUCAUGAGCAUUUUUUCCUCAUUUCGUGUUGGAUAUUGCCCGGCCUGUUUCCGUUCAAAACAUGUAAAGGUGAACACAAGUUCGAAGUCACUAAUAGUCUCACUUCAAUCCUCUGAUGCUGUGUUCGGAAAUUCAGAGGAGAACUAAGCAGAAGUAUCUUGCAGCUGUAAUCUGGCAGUCCUGAUUUGGAAAGGUAUCCUGGAAUUCAGCUUUAUAAUUUUGUUCAUCUAGAAAGGUUGACAGUGGUAAUAAGCUUUCGAAGAGUUAGCUGUCAAUUUUAUUAACCUAUACCCUGCCGGCAUAUUGUUACCACUGGAUUUGUUAGAACUUUUAACAGCACUACUGAAUUUACCUGAAUUGCAUCAACCACCUAUUUAUAGGGCUAUCCCAGGUGAUUGAUAGUUCAUGCAUUCUGGGGUUAUUCCCCAGUACUGUAAAAUGCUCCAAUAAAGUCCAGCUGUAGUUUAUCCUGGUGGGGUAAAUUUGAUCAAACUGACUCAUUAAUCAGUUUCUUCAGCAUCCAUCCCAGCAGUGACUCCUGCUGGGAGAGGUGAGUCUGGGGUUGUCACUCCAUGUUCAGUUGUAGCUCAGAGGUUGUGUAGCUCAGUAGUACUUAACACUGUUAGUAAGUGAUAUUCUCCUGCUAAUUUUGAGCUAUGGGACAGUGACUUCAAAACCCUGUGCUGUAAUUGGCAAUGUUCCCCUAAAAAAAACAGGAUCCUGUACUUGAUACAGCCUAGCAUGUGUCAAACACCUCUGGUGUGUACUCAAGACUCUGCUAUGGAUUGAGCACUAACUGCAAAUGCAGAUAUACUUCCCACCGAACUCCUUGUUUGAUCUGCAUAGCCAGUGUGUACAUUUAUUCUGCUAUGAAAGGUUAUAGAGUCCUGUUUUUAACCAUUAGUUCAAUAAUAAAUUUAUUUAUUUGAGAAUGUA